AUGCCAUCGACCCCCGACACUCCGGGUAGCGGUUCGUCCCGCCAUCUAUGUCGGGAGACGGGAAAGGAGACGGGAAAGGAGACGGGAAAGGAGACGGGAGAAGAGACGGGAGAAGAGACGGGAGAAGAGACGGGAGACAGAUACUCCUACCAUGGCAGGAAGCAGUCAUCCCGACGACCAUAG